GUCUCUGUGGGCGAAAUAUGAUGCUGCAGGUGGUGCACGUGGUCUGUUGUUUACUUCUUCCAGGAACGCUGGAGUGCUGCCGGAGAGGAGGGGGGGCGGUAAAAAUUGUGAAACAGCUUUCCUGGAUAGAGUUACAUUGCUCAGCAUUUGGAAAAAAAAAACACCCGUAUACCGACAUUCACGCCAGGAAAAUGUCGACCUGAAUUCGCUGUUUGUUUUUUUAAAGCUCUUUUAAACAGCGCGAGACUUCAACAAUAAAAACUAGAAUGCUUCAGCUUGGAGGCUUGUUCACCCAGUUUCAUCUCAGCCUGAGAGCUCCAGAAAGUGCCCAAGGCCAGAGCCCACAGACACAAACACUACCUGAUUUUUUAAAACAUGUCAGGAAACUCACCGGGCUGAGAAAAGAAGAUGUUUACUGCAAUCUGCGGAUCCCCGACCAGUGUCAGACAGUUAAAGAUGACAUCAACAUUAUUAUUCUCACAGGCCAGGGGAUCUUCUGCAUAGAUGUAAAACCCUGGAGAGGCACAGUGUCCGCUCACAACGAAAACUGGCAUGUGCAAGUGAAAGAAGAGGACCAAAACUUUACUAAUACCUGCAUUGAGCAGAUUGAAGAUCCCCUCGAAGCUAUCACGACCAAGACAGUGGACUUAUGUGGCCAUUUGACGAGCAGUGGAGUGUCUGUUCCCCAAAGCCUCUUCUUCCCCAGGGUCAUCUUCCUCUCCCCAGAGUGCGAGCUGGACGAGGAGCUGAAGAAGAGGAGGGAGCUGGUCUCCCACAGCCAAAUAGACAACUUCCUCAGAUCUUUCAGGGAGGGCUACAUGGCCUGGAUAUCAGAUGCACUGACUCCCUCCUGGCUGUCUGGUCAUCUGUCAUACAAGCAGAUGGAGUCAGUGCGGGAGGUCCUGAGGAGGGUGGGAACCUGGGAUCUGAUGCGGCUGCACUGUGGCGAGCAGCUGAGAGGAGACUACCAAGGCUGCCAGUACAUCGCUCUCAACCGGCAGGAGAUGGACACACUCGAGUUUUCCAGACUCAAGACUCUGUCAACUGAUUCGCUGUGGGCCCUGCUGGGACAAACGCCUCAGGUAACAGUUAAAAUGUACAAGCGUGGAUCUCACAGCUGGCUGGGUAAGUCCCUGAGCGCCACCGCCACCAUCCCCUCCAACACGUGUGUGAUCUUCAGGAUCAGCGGGGAGGAAGAAGAUGCCAAAAUCCCAGCAAACACCAUUCACAGCAUCACACUCAGCAUAUGACGGCAUCUAUCAGUCAAUAAAGAGGAUAGCCAUCAAAACAUUGGAGAGGAGGGAGAGGAAGCAUUCUUGAUUAUGUUGCAUGUGCAACUGCAAAACAGCCUACAAAUCAAACUCUCAAUGUAGCUCAAACCAAAUUACAUUUUUACUGAGUGCCUUUUACUAUAUGGUGUUUGUAUUUUUUUAUAUUGUGCUAACAAAACAGAUUCUGAAUGUCUUUGUGUGAAUGUUUAUUGUAAAAAAAAAAAUAGAAAGAAAAGAAAAAGCCACAUUUGCCAAUUUUCCUGAUUCUCUCAUCCUCAGUGGCAAUAUUAUAUUAAUGAAGAUGGUUUCAGACAAUUAGCCUGAUUAACUUUCUCUUGUUUUGAAUUUCUAGGGCUGGCCCACACUUUACACUAGCCAUUAAUUAAUCAUUAUGUUAGCUGAUUGUGUCACAUCAGUUCAGGAUUGAAGUGUUUAAUGUGUUAAUUGUGGCGGUUAAAAACUGGUGGCCUCCAGCGCGAUGAGGGCAGGGCAUGUUACUGCCUCUAUUGGUUUAAUGGGAAGUGAUUUACGCUCUGUUUAGAUGGUGUAACUGCAAGGUGCUUUAUUAAUAUGCUCCACCGCACAGAGGAGACGAUAACGUAUUCAAGAGCGCACAGGCGCAGCCACCAGCACCAUUCAUAACUGUGUCUGAGUCACUUUCCAUCAGUUACCAGGCUUACACAGCUGCGCUAACAGCUAGCAAUUGUAUUUACUGUGCCUGGUAGUGGCUAAAAUGAAGUUAUUUCCAUCAAGAUAUCAGUGCCUUUAGCUAAUGCAAUAGAAGAAGCUCUCUGUGUUGAUGGUAUCUCUUUGCAUGGCAUCUCUCUACCUGAAACAUCAUUACACUGUACUCAAGCUCCUCACUUUUUAAAAUGUCUUUUUACAAUUUUACCUGAGGGACAGAUUAGUGGCAGUUGUACAAACAGCACUGUGUUGUUUACAUUUGUAGGCACACAUUUUUUAGACUCCGGUUGUUUCAAGAUCUUGGUCAUCAUUGCUUGAAAGUGUUUUCGAUGAAUUUAUCUCUGCAUAUUUAUUUAAGAGUGUCCUCAGGAACUUUCUCCACAGCACUUGACAAACAAUACUGACGAUAUCAGAUGGUCUGUGCUCAGAAGAGCUUUUAGGCAAUUACUAAAUGUAAUUCUGAUCAGUUAUGCGUGUGUGCAGGUUUUACUGUGUCUUAAUUACAUGUCAGUAUGAAUAUUUCAUUGAAUAUUCUCUAAACUUCAAGCACUUUCAGCAUCAAGCCAACUUAAGAAGCAUGAUUGAUAUACACACUCUUCAUUGACAUUGUUUUAAGCAUGGUUGUUUUAUUCAUAGGUGUGUUAUUUAGUCAUGUGUUUUUAUGUUUACAUGUAUUUUACCUUCUGGCGUCAUAAUAAAAAGAUUUAAUGCUU